UUGCAGGGAAUUAAUCGAAUUAUUAAAAGAUGAAAGAAAAUUUAUCGUGAAGGCGAUUGCUUCGGAGGAAAUUGUCAUAUCAAAUGUAGCAUUAAGUGUUAUGAAGAUGGUACGUGAAGAAAGUGUACGGUAUAAAUUAGGAAAUGAAGAAUUCAGUCCUUAUGAAUCGCUUAGGAAAUUGGGUAAUGCAAUUACAUUUUCAAACGAAAUACCAGCUAAAGAGCUGAAAAAAUCGGUAUUAGCUGCUAUGCAUGAAUAUUCAACUGAAAUAGAAACAUGUCGUGGAAAUAUGAUUGGCCAAGCUCGAAAUUAUAUUGGCAGAGCUGAUACUGUUUUGACUCAUUCUCUGACAUCUUCAGCAACUCUUAAAGCAUUUUUCGAAACGGCGAAUAAAUUUAAACGAUUUCGAGUGUUUUGCACUGAAGAAGGUAUUAGUUAUGCUGAAUAUAUUCAACCGGAAUCUUUACUGAUGUGUAUAGAACAUACGACACGUGUGGUUCUUUCAGCUGCAGCCGUUUUUCUAGAUGGAUCGUGCUUUGCAGUACCAGGAAGCUUAACGAUUUGUCGUGCUGCGAAAUUGCGUUCUGUUCCUGUAUUUUUUUGUGCAGCGUUUUAUAAGAUUACCCCAAUUUUGCCACAUACAUAUAAUGCGGAACCGGUCGGCUCACCUAAAACAGUUCUUCCAUUUACUUUUUCCAAAACUUAUUGCUACAGUCAAGUAAUUAAUCCCGUUUUUGAUUUUAUUCCUGCUGAACUUGUCACGUCAUAUAUUUGUCAUACAUCAAUUAUUGUACCACAGCAUGUAAGAAGAGUGUUAGGUGAUUAUUAUCAUCCUGAAGAUGUGAAUUGA